CCUUUCCCCCUCUCCCACUCGCUCUCCUGCACGCUCUCUCUCCUUCCUUUUACUCCCAAUGCAGGGAACUCGAACUGAACUUGAUCCCUUUGCAGUUCAAAGGUGAGCAAACCGGGCUCCGAGCACAGGCGACGUUAGCUGGCGAAAGCGCCCGGCCGGGCGUCCCCAAUGACAAUUAACAAAGAUACCCAAUUCUGUCUGGGUUUCCGAAGAAAAACCAAAAGCUUUGGGGCGGGGGUGGAGGGGGAGGUGGAGUCAGAGCCAGCUGCCAAGUAGCUUAAAAAAAAAAAUCCAGUUUGCCAAGGGGAGAAAAAGUGCCAGUUGGUUGUGGCCUCGGAGUGUCCUGGCACGGCUGGUGAAUUACGCAGUUGUCUCGUCCCUUUUCGCGUCUGAGAGAGUCUGGUGCGGGCGCUCCCGCCGCCCCUCGGGCUGCAGCGACUCGGAGACACUGAACCGCAAGUGGGAAGCUCCCCUUCGCUACCCGCGAGCAGGAAACCCGCAAGUUGCCCAAAGUGGUGGUUGCUGCUGGGAGCUCGCCUCGCUCCAGGCUCAGGCUUGUCCCUGACGCUGCUGCUGCAGCGGUGGCGGCAGUAACAGCGGAGCCGCCGAAACUACACACUGGGAGACUGCGAGGGAGGAGGGCCUGGGACGACGUUCUCUUUCCCCCAGAAAGCGUCUGCGGUUCGCGAUUUAGCAUCUUGGUUAGGAGCUGGUUACCGGGGUCUUGGGGAACUCACGUCAGCCCAGAAAGAAGCCACACUGUUCUGAAAAAUCAAGACGGACUGCAGUCGUGAAGAGAGAACAUCAAACUCCAGAGAGCGGGAGAAAGAUCCUUUUUUGGGAGCUCAGACUUUGGAUGGUUGCUGGGGGAUAGGGGGUGGAGGGAGAAGGAUGCCUGUCCUUAUUUAAAUGCCUGACAUUCCUGUCGUCGUGGUUGCUUAUGGGGGGUAGACCGUGUGUGCUCGCGCCUGGGGAAUAAACACAUGUUGGAAACCUCGAUAUUAUUUUCUGAGCAGAAACCUGCAGCCUUUAGUAACUGGCAAAGUGUAGCGUCACCUAUCUGGAUAAAAGGGAAAUAAACUUUAAUGGCAACUUUUGUGUACCAAAGUGUCCCCAGUUCCCUAUCUCUCCUUUUGACUUUGUACCACUAUUUCCUCACAGGAGGCUUCCCCAAUUUUCAGUUACGACCACCGCAGCCGCCCUCAUCAGAUCUGAGGUCUGUUUUCUGAACUGAGCCAUUUACUCAUUUAUUUCAGUGACUGUCAAUGAAGGGGCCAGGCUAGGUUGACAAGAUUGAGACGGACUGGAGGUUUUGGGGGAGAAUUUUUACCAUCUCAAAUGAGAGAAAGGGCUGCUUCUGGGAGUUGGUUAGUCUUCAAUUCGCCUGACGUAUCUAUAAGCAUUUAAGGGCCUCCCCUUAAAGAAAAAUGUAAAACUGGUUAAAAAAAAACAAAACAAAAAAAUAUCUGUCCAGUGCGGGUAUUCUGUACGAGGCCUGGGUGAGAAGACAGAAUGAUUUAAACAAGACAAACACCAAUAAAGUCAAGGAGCAGAUGUAGCGCGCGGUUGUUUGGGCGGGCGCAGGAACAGGAAUGAGGAGGGAGAGGCGGCAGAGAUUUCCAGGCUUUCCCUACGGGGGAUCGUAGAAGCGCGGCGGAUGGAAGUGUGUAUAAGUGUGUGCCAGGGAGUUGGGGAGUAUUUUCCAGUCUGUGAAAGCAGCAUCACUCCGGGGGUGGUGGCUCCUCCUCCGAGGCCAGGGCAGGGAACCCGGCCUUCCCGCUAACCCUCCCUCGGCAGGAACCCGAGCGUCUCAGCGCUGUAUCUGCAGCAUCAGCGAGAAAAGCCCCGCGCGCAGGCUCAGUGCGUACCACCGCAGUCUCGAGCCGGGGGCGGUGGUGGGCUCCGCAGCGCCUUCGCGGCUGGCUAAGUGGCAGAAAAGCCAAGUCCCUCUUACAUUGGGCAAGAACUCGGGUUUAUCCAAACGCCUGCCUCCCUCCAAGCCUCCGACCCUGCUCUCCCUUUUUCCCAGGUUCGAGGCAAAAGGGAGAAGCCGUCUCCACUCCGCGGCGGUGCGCCUUGCAUUCCGCUGCGCGGCAAUAUGGUGCAGUGCACUCACUCCCCUCGCCGCCUUACUAAGAUUUUGCAAACUUCAGGCAGCCGCGUGGGCAGAAACGCUGUGCACUCCCUCUUCCCUCUCCAGACCAUAAACCUGAAUAAGCCUCUCGGCAUCUCCAAGCAUUUAUUUGCCCGCGGCUCUGGCCCGCACUCUCCAGGCGCACACUUGCCGGGGGCGGGAAGGGGGUGCGAAGGAGUGGGCGGCUUUUCCCCCGCGCGCUGCACAUUUCUUCCCGGACGAAUAGGGAGGUGCAGCGCGUCCUUCACAGUGGAGUGGUUUCCUCUUGGCGAGCGGGAGGAAGUCUCCAGCCCGCCCUCCUCACUCUCAUUCCUACCAACUUCGCCGCGGAGCCCAGCCGGCGUGGGAAAUGGGUCCGACGUGUGUUGCAUGGAGAGCAGCGAGGACAGACUGCGGGGGCCAGGAAGCCUGCUGGCUGUGCUCCCGCCCCCAUCAGUCCCGGGCUCCGACCUUUCUGCCAGAGGAGCAAAGAAGUGGCGGCGGCUUUGCCCAACAGCGCUGUUCUGGGCAAGCAAACGGAAUGGGCGGGGUAGGGGUACAGGGGAGGUGAGAGGAGCCCUCGGGGCGCCCUGGCGGCGGCUGGAGCUCCCAGUCCUCUUCCGCCCCCUGUCCUCUUCCGCCCCCUGUCUAGGGGCUGACACUCUCCUCUCGCCGGCAAGGAGGAUGAAUGGAAGAGAGAAGCAGUUUCCCCCACCCCCGCCCCAUUUCCGCAGUCUUAGAGCCAGUGUCACAAGUGCUCAGCAAUUUCAUUAAAUGGAACCGCGAGACUUAAUCCCCCCGGGUACCAGACCUCACCGAGGGAAUGUGAUAUCCGGCUUCGCUCUCACCCACCAACCCCGCCCGGCUUCUCAGACCCGAGGCUGCAUUUAUCUUCUCAACCUAAGAGGAAAAGGUUCAGAAGGAAAUGGGAUCGAAAGUGUAACCGGCUGCAAUAAAUCGAAGAGCCAGUUGCUGCCGCCGCUGCUGGUGCUGCUGCGUUGGCGGCCAACUGGAGAGAGAAAAUGAGAUCAGUGUCCUAAAGCUUGCAUUGCUCAGAGUCAUCGGACGUCACCGCAUGUAGGAAACAAAAUGUUUGAGGGAAUGUUGAAAUGGAGAUUGCUGUUUUUUCUUUAGUGGCUUUUUAAAAAAGAGCAAUAAAAGGAAAUGUCCCUUUGCAACCAAGAUGUAAAAACUGAAAUUGAUUAAAAUACAAAUACCAUCCCGUUCUAAUAUGCGUUUAAUAAAACCUUGACUAACAAUUCA